CUGAAAACAGUGUAAGCAAUAAAAAAUGUUGGAAGGAAAUUCGAAGGAUUUGCCCAAAGAUUGGCGUCAAAUAUCUGGAGUACCUGAUUAUGGAUUUCGGGUUAAACUUAAUCAGAAGUUCGAACAAAAAUGUGGGCCCAUGACGAUACCGAGAAUACACAUUUUGCCCUCCUUAGUUGGUCUAACUUUUAGGUAUAUUGGAUACACAUUGUCAAGGUAUAGAAAUGGAAAACGGCCAUAUAUUGAUCACAAUAACCUCAUCAAACACAAGCCCAUGUAUGGUGUGCCUAUAGGGGGUAUUGGAUGUGGUACUAUAGGACGAGGCUACAAGGGAGAGUUCUGCAGGUUUGCUCUUAUACCUGGCAUGUACUACUGGAAUGAGGUUGAUGCAGACCAAUUUAUUGUAAACAUUCGUAAAAGGGGUCAAACAGUGUACCAACAGGUCUUAUCUACCAAGAGACCAAAGGGAAAGGGCCUGAACUCUUGGAACUGGGCAUAUAAUGGAGAGUUUGCUACCUACCAUGGCCUUUACCCAAGAGCUUGGACUGUCUACGAGCUACCUGGGCAGAAUGUCACUCUUGUGUGCCGGCAGAUCUCCCCAGUCAUUCCUCAUGAUUACAAGGAAAGUACUAUACCUGCAGCUGUUUUUGUAUGGACCGUAGAAAACAGGAAUAGUGAGCCAAUAGAUGUCAGUAUAACAUUCACCUUCAAGAAUGGUCAGGGGAGCUCACAAGACUUGAAAGGAGGGGCAUGGAAUGAGCCUUUUGUUUCUAAUGAGGAAGUGGCAGAUAAGACAUCAGGUGUGCUUAUACACCAAAAACUCAAGGAUAAUCCUUGUACUAUGGCUAUAUCUGCUAGACAUAGGGAGGGAGUCAGAGUGAGCCAUUGUGUCGCAUUUGAUCCAAAAACUCCAGCCAAGGAUUUAUGGUAUGAUUUGAUGCAGAAUGGAGUACUUGGGCAAAGUACAGAAAGAAGUAAGGAAACUACUAAAGGUAAAGAGAUAGCAGGGGCAGUAUGUGCUCAAUGUACAGUGGAAGCUAAUUCCAGUAACUACGUAGAACUCAGUCUUACUUGGGACAUGCCCGUCAUUCACUUUGCUAACAAAGGUCGACUAUACUGCAGGCGGUAUUGUCGGUGGUUUGGUAGCGAGGGUGAUGCAUCUCCUAGACUAUCAAGCUAUGCCCUGAACAACUAUCCAAUGUGGGAAAAGAAAAUAGAAGAAUGGCAAAAUCCAGUAUUACAAAAUCUAAAUCUGCCCACGUGGUACAAGUCAGCACUUUUCAAUGAGCUUUACUAUGUGAGUGAUGGUGGGACUGUUUGGGUGGACAUAAAGCAGGAUCCAGACUACAACAAAUCUGACCAUAUAAUUGAAAACCCUCUACAAGAAGAGUAUGGGAAGUUUGCUUAUCUGGAAGGACAUGAAUACAGGAUGUACAAUACAUAUGACGUCCACCACUAUGCUUCGUUUGCUCUGGCAAUGUUGUGGCCCAAACUGCAGAUUAGCCUUCAAUAUGACAUAGCUAAUGCUAUCAGGAUGGAAGACCGUACCUCAGUGAAGUUUGUUAUGGAUGGCAACAAAAACCUUGCUAAAGUGAAAGAUAUGGUGCCCCAUGAUAUAGGAGACCCUGAAGAUGAGCCAUGGCUACUGAACAAUGCUUACCAUGUCCACCCAACUAGUGAAUGGAAAGAUCUCAACAUAAAGUUUGUGCUCCAAGUAUUCAGAGAUUACGCAGGAACUAAAGACGAGAAAUAUCUUAAAGAUAUGUAUCCCCUCGCCAAGGAUGUUAUGAACAAUUCAUUGCGUUGGGACACGGAUGAUGAUGGUAUCAUAGACAAUGGGGGUUUUGCAGACCAGACAUAUGAUGCCUGGAUAGUGACAGGAGCAAGUGCAUACUGUGGAGGAAUGUGGCUGUCUGCACUGAAGAUAAUGGUAGAAAUGGCUGAGAAACUCGAUCUCCCUGAAGAUGCUCAAUAUUUCAAUGCAAUUCUAGAGAAAGGCAAAGUGUCUUUCGAAACUAAACUUUGGAAUGGUAGCUAUUACAACUAUGACAGCAGUAAGGCAGUAUAUCAUGACAGCGUUAUGUCUGACCAACUGGCUGGACACUGGUUCCUGAAGGCAUCAGGCCUACCAGAUGAUGCAGUUUUUCCAAAGGAGAACAUCCAUACUGCACUGGAUACAAUAUACAAGCAUAACAUCCUUCCAUUCAAGAAUGGGACCAUGGGAGCCAUCAAUGGUAUGAGGCCCAAUGGCAAGAAGGAUUUAACCAGUGUUCAAUCAGAGGAGUUCUGGACUGGAGUUACCUAUGGACUAGGGGCUACCAUGAUACAAGAGGGGAAGGUAGAAAUGGGAUUUCAGACAGCAUAUGGUGCCUACCGCACAGUCUAUGAGGAUUAUGGUCUUGCUUACCAGAGCCCAGAGGCCUAUAUGGAGGGAGGUUACUACAGGUCCUUGGGGUACAUGAGGCCCCUGUGUAUAUGGUCCAUACAAUGGGCCUUGGAGAGAUUUCACCCAAAUAUUCUCAAAUAACACACUUAGCUUCAAGCUGAUUACAAAAACACUACUGUGAUCAGAAUUUUAUUUUAAUCAAAAUAGUUUUUUUCUACAUAUGGAUUGAUCGAAUCGUUGUAAAUGUUUGCAGCGGACAUUUCUCUCAUUUUUCGAGAAAUAUAUUCCUUAAUGAUCCAUGACAUAAUUCAGAUUUGCAUUUUAUUUUCUGAUUUUUGUUUCACCUUAUAAAGGAAAUUAAGUGGGUGAACGAUUUGCAUUAUUAACCAGAGUGAAAAAGGGAAGGAUGGUCAAAAGUUCAAAACCAUGGUCAUCUAGUGAAAAAAUCAUUUCAAAACCAUACUUUACUUAAGCUUAUAAAAAUCAUUUCAUAUUUGUUUUCACUUGAAUUUUAAAAAAAGGAAAGGAAAAUUAGUUAGUAUCAUGUGAAAUAUUUGCACCGAAAUUUAAAUUUCAACUGAUUUUUAGACCUGAUUACUAUGGAAUCUAGAUUUAAGUGUCAUUUUUGCUUAACAAAAUUUUACAAAAUACUGUUUUGCUGAUUUUUACUUAAUGUUGUACGAUGCUGCCGCCAUUUCGCAAAAUACUCUCUUCAUUUCCCUAUGUUGGGAGAUCACUUGUAAUGUUGUUUAUUGCAAGAAAAUCAAAUAUAUGUACAGUGUGUAAAAAAGGAAAUAGGUCGUCCAAAACUAUUGACUAAUUUGUGAUCAACCGUCGUAAUUUAACUGAUUAUUUUACUACUUAUUUUAUUUAUUUAUACUUUUCCCAAUACGAGGUUUAAACAAUUUUCAACAACGCUUCAAGCACAUCAUUUUACACAAGCUUAUUCUUGGAAUUAACUAAGUAAAAUAAAGCUAGUCGAGAUUUUAUUUUUAAUAUUCUAACCUUAAAAAUGCAAAAUGACGAAAUAUGUCAUUUCUUGAACAAAUUGAAAAACUAAUUUUAAAAGAGUUUGUCUAGUUUAUUGAUCUCUUUGUGUAUUUUAGUUUCUUAACAGUACAGCUGAACUGCUUUAUUGAAACUCAAAAUCAUGUAGACAUAUCAAAUCCAUAUGACGUUUGUCAUAAUUUUAUUUCACUGUAAAUAAGUACUUUAAUUUAUACAUUA